CUGUGCAGCGAAGCUACAUGGCAGUGACAGUAGAGAGCGGCGAGGGAAGAGAGAAUGGCAGCUUCCCAUGGGGCAUGAUUUGUUCUCUGCAUCCGCAGGAGUUAUCUGCUUCGGAGCCAGCGCUGAUGUAGGAACAAGUACGGACACUGCAGAAACAGAUCUCUCAAGAACCGGUGAGCCUUUUCCUUCUUUCAACAGCGUUCUUGAUGUGAAUUUGGAUUCUAUUUUCUCCCACGGGUUCGUUUGAAAUUUGUAUUUUGAGUUUGUUGAUUCGAUUUGAGGGGACGGCUUGCUUAAUUUCAUCUGAGUGUUGGAUCAAAUCGAUCUGGGUAUUUGCUUCCUGCUGUGGAUCCCGAGUGGUUUGUGUUGAUCUGAAAGGUCUCGCAAUGUUUUGGAAAAUGGCGAAGUGGAAAACUGUGACAAUUAAUGCCCAGUUUAGAUAUGGAGAAAUUGGCACUUGAAAUGAAGAUUUUAGGCUCAGAUGUGUAUCAUGCUUUGGGACUGAAAGAAAGCAAAAGAGUUCUAGGAGCACCACGGGUUCUAUCACUUCUUUCUUCAAUUCUUGAGAGAUCUGUUCAGAAAAAUGAGAAGUUGUUGGAGACGAAGCAAAUCAAAGAUGUUGUUACAUUAUUUCAGGGUUCAAGAGCACCCACACUGAGCAUUAGACAUUAUAUAGAUCGUAUCUUCAAGUAUUCUGGUUGCAGCCCAUCCUGCUUUGUUGUUGCACACAUUUAUGUGGAUAGAUACCUCCACCGUACAGAUGUUCAUCUAACUUCCCUCAAUGUUCAUCGUCUUCUAAUCACCAGUGUAAUGAUUGCAGCAAAAUUUGUUGAUGAUGCAUUUUUCAACAAUGCAUACUAUGCGAAAGUUGGAGGCUUAAGCACGGUUGAGUUGAACAGGUUGGAGAUGAAAUUCUUGUUUAGUCUGGAUUUCAGACUUCAAGUAAGCGUUGAGACAUUUGGGAAGUACUGCUCACAGAUAGAAAAGGAAGCCACCAGCGGGCUGCAGAUUGAAUGGCCAAUUCAAACAUGCAGAAGGAAAGAAAGCUGGUCAAGCAAAGAUGAUUCUGCCUGUGCUCCCACAAUUGCAAGAUAAAAAUAUGGAAUCGGCAGACUGCAGUCUCAAUGCACUCUUGACAAUUUAUAAAAAAUACGGUGAAGUUGGAAAUUUAGAUAUUGAUUGGUUAUGGAAUGAGCGUGUCAAAUGAGUGAUGAUUAGAUGAACAGUAAGAGCAUGGGUAUGUUUACAAGUCACGGGUUGCUCCAGGCUUUCGGCUUUCCUUUCAUUUUUUCCCCUGUUGAAGUCCCAAAUGUUGCAGUGAUUCGGCCUCUGUGGUUUGGGUUUAGUGGAAAUGUAUGUUAAAAAUGCUGUAUGGGCAUAUCUUCAUGGUUAUGAAGUGAUGAUGUGAUUCCUGUUUCAAGUGGUGGCAAUCGCAUUAGUUAGCACUGUACUGAUUUUAAUUAAUAAAGUUAAUUAUUUGUUGUUGGAAAA